CACAUAAAUAGGUAGGUUCAGGUACCUACAUAAGUAGAUAUCAUGUUCUUAUCAUUGUAAUAGUCAGCCCGUGCUCGUAUGCAAAAUAUUGUUAAGAACAUUCAAAGAGUGAUUGGAUUGUGGUUAUUUAGGUGAUACAGAGAACUUCGUUUUUUAUAACCGAAUCUAUGCAUAAUUUCUUGAACGAGAAGUUGAGUAAAAGACUGUGUGCAUUCGCUGAAAUUCAUUCGGUAAUGAAAAAUGAUUGUUCGGAUGAUGUUAAUUUAAGACAAAGUGAAACCGUUGUGUUAUUUUAUCGAAGUUUUCAUGUUUUAUCAAUGUGAAUUUAUUGAAUAAUUUUUCGAAAGAGGAAUCCGCGAGACGAGUGCAUAACAUCGACUGCUGUCAUUCUGCCUCACAUCAGUUUAAAAACCAUAACUUGAGGCAGUUCAGAGAUGAUGCUCGUCCAUCUAGUUUUAGAAGAGUGCCUCACGAAAUGGAAACCGAAAUUGAAGAGCUAUUCAAUAAAGAUACAGACGUAUGCAUUAUAUGUGGAUAUGUCUCAGCCAACGAAUUUUAUAGUUUUCCAAGUGAUGUUGACACUCGACAGCAGUGGGCUACCUUCUGCGACUUGGCUUUUGACAUGAUAAAGCCGCAUUUUCUCCUUUGUGACAGACACUUUAAAACUGACGAUUAUCGAAUCUCAAUUCAACGUAAAUUAUUGAUACCGACGAGUGUUCCAACAUUGCAACCAAAACUAAAACAUGGUUUCGCACCUUCGAUUAACAACAUUUUACAAUCCAGUGCAAAUUUCAUCAAUUUAUCCAACCCAACGCUGAAUAAAAAUGCAUCGAAAAAUGCGAUAUACUGCAGUCCUGUCUUUCAAAGUAAUACUACCACCGAUGCUUCAAAUAAGCAAUUCCUCAGGAUUGUUGGAGAAAUCACAAAUAAUUAUAACUAUGACGUUCCUUCUAAGGCAAAAAAAUUGGCGUUUAAGAGGAAACUCAAAGUUAAACAAAGUCGACAGCAAACAAAGUGUUUUCGAUCUGAAAUUUUCAGAUUAAGAACAAGAUGCUCUCGUCUCGAAGAUACUGCAGCCGAAUUGAGAAAAAGAAUCGAUCGACUGGACCAGAGAUGUUUUGUUGUACCAGCAGAAAUUGACAGAAACACAGCAGAAGAUACUCGCGAUCGAAGACUGACGAUUCAUUCUUCAAAGAAAUCUGAAGUCAGCUCUUGUAUUAAGGAAACACUGGCAACAAAACAUCAUGAAACAGUUUCCUUUGUAGAGACUGCCGUAAAUUGUGUUGAAGGUACUCGCCAGCCCCAAAGUUUGACUCUCUUAUUGCCAGAAAAUUCGCACGAUGACCCUUGUAAUACAAAUAUACGACUAUCUGAACAGCAUUCUGAACCAGUAGCGACUGCAAGCAUAGAAAUUACCGGAGAUGUUACAGAAGUUAUUUGUAACUCAAAUUUGACUAUGUUUUCCGAAGUAGAGUGUAUCGACAGUCUUUCCAAUGCUGACGUGGCGCCGCCUGAAGACCAUUCAAAAAAAGUUGCGCUUGUGGAAUCUCUCGUAAAUGUUCUCAAAGAUACUCAAGACAUAAGCUCGACCCUUCAUUUACCAGGAAUGUCGGAUGACGAUCUGCAUAAUGCGGAAGAAAGACUUGAACAGCAUUCUGAAGAAACAGUGCUCGUAGAGUCCGUCGAAAAGGUUAUCGAAGAUGAAGAUGGUUACUCUACAGAUUCGAGUAUGCCUCCUCUAGAAAUAUCGGACGAUGACCUUCAUAGUUCGGAGAAACCACUUGACAAAAUUUCUGAAGAAGGUUGUAGUGGAUACUCAACACAAGCUUCGCUUGUUGAAUUUAUUGAAAAGGUUACUGAAGAUUUUCGCUCUGCAGAGUCGUUCAUGCUUCCCCUAAAAAUAUCGAGCGACGGUCUCCAUAAUUCGGAGGAGCAACUUGAACAAUUUUCCGAUGAAGUUCCGCUCGUAGAAGCUGCUCAAAAUAUUGCCGAAGAUGCUCGUAACACAAAUUUGAUUAUAUUUCUGCGAGAAGAGUGGAACGACAGUCAUUAUAUGAAUGCAACACCUGAGCAAUACUCUAAAGAAGUAGAUCCCACCUCAGAAGAUUUAUGGAACUGUUUCUCUGAUCUGGCAAAAGCGACCGAUGACGUGGUACUCGACGACGACGAAGCUGCCAAUGGUACUUCUGUUAGUGCUCAAAUUAACUGUCAAUUGCGUAGAAAUGAUACCUCUGCCAAUUUAAAUAAUGAACAAUUUGAUAAGGCACGCGUUGGACGAACACUGCGGGUGGAACUGGAGCGAGUGAUAACCAAAAAAUCAAACUGUAAUGAUGAGCUAAAUGUGAGCCAGAGCAAUGUGCAGGCCUCUUCUUCAGCUGGGUGCUCAAAACGUCGAAAAAAUGGUGGUGAAGGCCAUAUUACUGGUGGCGCCAAAAAGAAAAAAGAACACCCCACCAUAGCUACCACGAAAAAAACCUCGGAUAGUGUUCCAAAAAAGGUACCCAAAGCAUUGGCACGAGAUUCGCCCCCAUACUGUUGCAAUAUUUGUGAUAAAACGUUUUCCAAUAAAUCUGAUUGGACAAAACAUCAGCAAAAACAUUCGAAGCCAUUCGUGUGUCCAAAAUGUAAGAAACCAUUUGCUAGAAAAUACCACCUCAUUAGACAUCAAGCAGCUCAUAGCAAAAAGAAACCAUACAAAUGCGGAAUUUGUGACACACGAUUCAAUCUCAACAGCGCUAAAUUAAAGCACGAACGAAUUAUGCAUACGGAAGUCGCUUGUUUUGAGUGUGCUGUUUGCGGGAAAAUGUUUAACCGUAAAUGUUCUAUUAUUUACCACCUGCGAGUACAUUCUGGUGGAAAAAAGUUUCGUUGCGAAACCUGUGGCACAAGAUUCUCUCGCAAAGGCCACCUUGAUGACCAUAAAAGAACGCAUAGUAAAAAAAAAAACUUCAAAUGUCGAAUAUGCAACAAGCUGUUCAAACAACUAUGCAAUAAGAUAUCGCAUGAACGUUUGCAUGUGGAGGGCUCUCGUUUUGAAUGCGCCCUAUGCGGCAAGAAAUAUCGCCAGAAACGCAAUCUAGCCAAUCACAUAUCAUCUAAUUGCAGUUAAAUUUCAGUGAUUAGUAUUUAAAUGUGUGUAGAUCCAAAUUCGAGUUUGUGUUUUUGAGUUCUUACUUACUUAUCUACUAUUGCGAAAGAGUCGAAAAAUUGUUUCCAAAUUUUUCUAUUGCAAUGGUAGAAAGUCAUACCUAUGUGUUCUCAUUUUAGUAUUACUAUAUUUUUAUUAAUUUUUACAUAAUACCUAAUGUAAGUUGUACCUACAUUGUAGCGUUGGUCAAUGCAUCCUACACCGAUUUGCAGUUCCAUUUUUCCUUUUGGAGAAAAAAAUGUCUUCAUGUUGAAAAACUAAUGUCAUUUCAAGCAAUUGUUCUCGAGUUCGAUUAAGAGUGUCAAAUGACAAUGACAAUAACAAUUCACCAAAUUCUGACAAUUUUUAGUCAUUUUCACGCCUAUUUCACAAGUUUUAUAACCCUACAUGAAAUUUUUACAUUUUUUUUUCUACUUUGCGGUGUUCAAUUAAUUUAAUUGUAAAUGAUUCAUCAUGUACACGAUUUUCAGAAAAUUUCGUUCAAAUUCUGGGAUGUUUCAUUAAUUUAUGAUCAUUUUUAACUUUACAAAAUUUAACAAAACUUUGUCAAAUUUUUUGGUAAUUUUCCAAAAAAUUUCAUUUAGAUUUAACACUUUUUUAAAAUAGUAUUUCACGUGAUUAUUGUAGAAUUUCAAUUGAAUUUUGAUAUAAUUUGUUCAAUUUUUUGUCAUUUUUAGAUAUUUUUUGAUAUUGAUGCAUUUUUUCGAUAUUUUACGUCACCUUGGAAUACAGAGGUACCUAAUAUUUGCAUGUCAACUUUUUUCGUUUUAAAAAUGAAGUAGGUAGUAGCACAACAAAAUCCAUGAAAACUAACGUAAGCUUACUAAAUUCGUACGAAAUUUAUUUUCUGAUCACUAGAAAUAUGUAAUGAGUAGAUAAUAGAUACCUAGGUAUUUUUUGUCAAAAUUUAAAUUUAUUUUCGUAUUAUGAUCGUGCCUAGUACAGUACACAGCUACCUAGGUAGGUAGGGUCCUUCCUCUUUUGUGCAGGUGGGAGAUUAAGCCUAAGCGUAUCAUCACUACCAUGGGAUGGGGGAAUAUACCUACCUACAUGAAUAUACUUAGCACACGAAAAACGAAUGUUUGCAGAAAGGAAAGACGAAAGGAAAUCUCGCAUACCUAAUCAUAUGGAUUAGACGUCUAACAUAAAUAGAUAGGUUCUUAUCAUUGCAAUAAUCAACCAGUGCUCGUAUGCGCAAUAUUGUUAGAAAUAUUCGGAGAGUAUUGUAUUGUGGUUGCAUAGGUGAUACAGAGAACUUUUUGUUGUAAACGUAUAUCUAUGGGUAAUUCCUUGAACAAGAAGUGUAUUCGCUGUACAUAAUUUAU